UAAAUAAAGUUUCGCGAGUAACAAAGAGUAGGGUUUGGAGAUCCGGGCAAGCGCUGCGAGGUACGAUCGAUCGAUGCUCUUCGCGGCAUUACCAUUUCCAGGUCGAGAUCGUGGCGACGAGGAGCGCUACCGCGAGCUAGAAACGCUGUGAAGAAUGGCAGGGAUUUUGAUUUGCCGCAAGAAUGUAGCGAGAAUCCAUUGAGAUUGAGUGGAUUCUCGCGGCUAGAGAGCUGUAGAAGAAUAAUGCGGACCUUGUGCGAUGUCUGCGAAUCAGCUCCAGCCAGGCUCUUUUGUGCGGCAGACGAGGCUGCGCUGUGCUCCAAGUGCGAUGAAAAGGUGCCUCUUUUUCUUUCUUGCUUUCCUCGCUCACUCUCGCGAUUGGAAGAAACUAAUCUCUUGGUUUCUUUCUUUCAGGUGCACGGAUGUAACAAGCUAGCUAGCCGCCACGUUCGUUUGCAGCUCGCGGAGGCACGAGCGGUGCCUCGGUGUGAUAUCUGCGAGAGCGCUCCUGCUUUUUUCUACUGUGGCAUUGAUGGAACGUCACUGUGCUUGCAAUGCGACAUGGAUGUACAUACCGGAGGGAAGAAAACGCACGAAAGAUACCUCAUGCUGGGACAGAGGGUGGAGCUUGCUACUUGUAAAUCUCAGCCUGAAGAUGCUGGUGUACAAUCAAACGAUCACCGCGGACAAAACCAUUACCACCCGACUAAGAGGAUCGCGUUGACGAAAUCAAACAACAGUGAUGCUCCCGCCGUUGCUAUAGCCGUCGGCGAUGCCGAUCAAUCCAAGGGCGACACGCACAUGAUUGAUCUUAACUCCAGGCCUUUGCAUUUGCAAGGCCAACCGGCAAAGAGCACGAAAAGUAGAGAUUCCGGAAGCAGCGACGACUGCGCUGGAGUAGUUCCUGAGAUCACAUCAACGGCCAAGUCGUGAGACGUUUUCUAAAGUUGUGUAUUUGUAUGACAUGGCAGCUGUGCAACAUUUCAGUACAGGAAAGAAAUCAAAAGAAGUCGUCGAACGGUACAA